AUGCGGGCGGCGGGCGCCUCGUGUGCGCGGUGGGCGGGCGGGGCGCCCUGGGCCGCCGCGCUCCUGGGCGCGGCCGCCGCCCUCGUGGCCGCCGCCCUCGCGGCCGCCAGGGCUGCGGCGGGGGGCGGGGCCGAGCGCUGCGCGCAGGCAGUGGGCCCGGAUGCGGAGUGCCCCGCGGCGCUGGCCGCGCCCCUCGGGGGCGACUGGCGCCGGGCCGUGGUGCCAGGCGCUUUCCCGCCGGUGGUCAUGCAGGCCCUGUUGGACCUGGCGCCCGACGCGGUGGUCCUGGGCGACGGGUAUGGCAGCAACAACGUGAAGCCGUUGUCUGCCUCGGAGUUCUUCGGGGGCGCCAGCCCCUCCUCCGCAGCGGAGUGGGCCGCAUCGCAGCCGGAGGGUGACCAGCGGGCGAAGGCGGUGGCCUGGGCGCGGACGUACGUCGGAGUGGCGCGCAAGAUGAAGCAGCUGGUCGAGGCGCGGCUGAGUCCCAGCGCCCCGCUGAGCUUCGACUUCAUCCACCUGUCGUGUCGGGAGCGCGACGAGACGGUGUUGCACGAUGGCCGAGAUAGUCACCCGGAGCAUGCUGACAACUGCUACCUGAAUCAGACGGAGUGCGUGCGCGACGCCUCCGCCCGCCACUGGAGGAGCCACACGGCCCACGUGUACCUGCACGGCCCCGAGGGCGGGGACUUCGAGGGGGACACAGCGGCGAAGAGCGCGGCGGAGCACGCGAGGAUCGCAGCUGCCGAUCGCCUUCGGCUGCGCGCGGCCAGCAGCGUGGUGAAAGGCGUGGCCAUGUGGAUCUCUGCCGUCGGCGCCGCGCUGGACGGCGCGGCGGUGCUGAAGCAGGCGGCGCCGCCCAGGCUCCAGUGCGAUCUGCGCGGGCCUGCAGGAGCCAGGUUGUGCGCGCGGUGCCGCUGGAUGGAGAGAGCCAGCGAUUGCCUUGGCUCCAUCGUGGCUGCCGCCCUGGACUGCAACAAGGCGCUGCCAGCCAAGGGCGAGCUGCCGCACGUGCUGGUGCAGCUGGCCCCGGCCGCGGAGGCAGCGCUGCAGCGAGACAUGCCGCUGGUGGCAUGCCUGGUGUGCGGGGGGACGGGCGCGGUUCGCAGCAGCUCUUUCGUGAAGUGCUGCGGCGAGCCUGGUGCCAAGGGCAUGCUGGCGAUCUCCAGGCUCGCCGAGGGGCUGGCGCCUGGCGUGUCGGCACGCGUCGCCGUGGCCAUCGAGAAGUUGGACUACGGCUAG